UAUGUAUGUUUAAAUAAUAUCUAGCUUUCCUGUAGCUCAGUGGUGAGAGCAUUGUGUUAACAACGCAAGGUUGUGGGUUCGAUCCCAUGGGAUAUAUACAGGUAUGCAAAUACCUUUGUAUAAAUGUAUAGGAUAAUGCAAUCUAAGUCGCUUUGGAUAAAAGCGUCUGCCAAAUGCAUAAAUGUAAAUGUGAAAUAUACAAGAACCAAAAUGGUCACAUCCUUAAAAAAGAACCGAAUGAAAUUCACACGUGUAUGAUCACGUGUGCGAAAAGACGCUUGAUGAUGUGAAGUGUCCCACAUAAACUGAAAUAGAAAGAUCUGCAGUUUUUGCAUGAGAUCACAUGAGUUUUAACAUGAGAUUGUUCCAACCACAUUUCACAUGUGAUCACAUUUGUUUGCGUGUGAAUUUCAUGUGUCUUGUCUGUAAGGUGCAGUCCCCACUGUAUGAGACCCACCUCCCACCCACCACAACACACUAAGGUGGUGAGAAAACCAAAUAAGUGUAAUAUCUUAUAACGUAUCAAACCUGUUUAAAAAAAUAAGCUCAUAAACAUCAUAUUCUCUGUCUGUACUGGUGUAUGAGUAUAACUGCUCUCUAAAGGAGUGACCGAUGUUUAUGAGUUGUCUCUGCUCCAUGUGAAAGGUUUCUCCUCUGACACGGCUCCCCUAGUUAGUCAACCCAAUGUUCAGUGAGACAUCCCGCAAACGUGUGCGACAUUCCCACCACCAUCAUCUAUAAAGACCCCAGGCUUGUGGAGAUCACAUCUUUCCUGCCUUUUCUUGUUGCGACUAUGGCCAUGCUAAGAGUGUCUUCAUACCGUAAGCUCUUUGAAGAGCAGCAGUGGAGGCAGUCUGCGGGACGCUGUGGAUUCCAGGCCCAAUCUGCUCUCAGGUCAGUAACUGAAAUGUAGAUAGUAAAUGAAUGCGGAGCAGUGAACAGCUUGGAAUUGGCAUUUUGGGCUUCAAGGCCUUGUUGGGGGCUCAUUGUGUGCUAGAGUCACACCUGGUCUUUAGUUGUGUGCAAACGAUUUGAAUGAAAUAAAACAUUGACCUCAUUGCUUAUUCUUCGAAUUCUAAACUUUCUGCGCUUGUCCGUAGGAAUGCGUAAAUGUGUUAAUAGUUAAGCUCUUUCAAGUUUCAGUAUUUCCCGUUUUUCUUUGCAUAGUUUGCUGAAAAAUAAACAACCCAUUAUAGUCAUUGAAAAGCAUUCAGUGUGUUUGACAGGGCUGAUGUUUCAGCGAGAGAAUGCUCCGAGCCAGAUUUUGCUGCAUUCCGAACUCUAAACAAGGAGGGCGCGGCUCGGUUUGUGAGCGAGCGCUCCAUCAUCGCCACGCUUAAUGAUCGACUGGCCGUCCUUAUCGAUGUGGUGAGACUCGAGCUUCCUCUUAUAUGAAAUGUUUGACACUCAUGCACACGCAACGUUCUUCAGGGUAACAAUCCGUUUGGAAACUAAUGGUCUCUCUGUGUGUGGCCCAAUUCUUAUAUUUCCGUGAUGGUUAAUGGGGUCAGUCAUUUGCCUGAGGGUGUGAAGAAAAUCAUAUGAAGGUCAUGAAAUUGCUGGGUUCUCAAUCACAACGCCCUCUACUGUCUCAAGUUCACAGUCUGGAGGAGGAGAACGAGUCUCUGGAGGCUCAGAUCAUCAGGAUGGAGGAGAGGCUGGAGGCUGAGUCGAGCUCUACAGCUGUCAGCAUCAGGGGCCCUGCGGACUACAGUUUGGAGGUUGUGAUAGAGAGACUGCGCAGAGCAAAGGAGGCGAUUUUAUGUGACACAGAAGAGCUAAACGGCGAGCUGCAGUGUCUGCAGAUGAAAUACGAUGAGGUGGAAGAGCAAAGGACUCUUUUGCAGUUGGAACGGGAAGAUGUUUCAGUGGAGGUGGAUGCAAUUACCACUGACUGCCUGGCCCUUCAAGAGCAAGUGGCCAUCUAUGAGGAGCAGCUGGCCGCUAUGGAGAGGCAGCACGAAACGAGGGUGGAGAACCUGAGGGAGCCCAGGCCUGCGGAUGAAAGUUACCCAAUGGUAUCAUUGCAGUUCCCUGCUGUAGAUAUCACUCCUGCUAUCUUGGACAUCAAGGAGUAUUAUAGCGAGCUUGCGAAGAGCCUGAAGUUUGAAUCCAGAGCCGUGAGGGCCGUGACCGCUGAUGCUGUCGGAAUGGGGAAGGAGGAGCUGGCUAAGCCGACUGGAGGAAAAGUAAAGGACGUCUCUAAAGAGACGGACGUGAAUGUUCUCAAGGACCUGAUUGCAGAGCUGCAAAGAGAGGUGGCUGAGCUUGAGAUUCGUGGAGAUGAACUGGAGGCUGAAGUGGAGGAAAGGAGAGCCAAAUACCUGGAGGAAAUAGAUGAGCUAGAGAAUUACAUUUGCCAGCUGGAAGAAGAAGAGGCUGAUCUUAAUCUCCAAAUGAAGGAACAGAGUGAAGACAACGAAGAGCUGCUGAAUCAGAAAAUGGCUCUGGACAUAGAGAUCGCUGCUUACAGGGGUUUGGUGGAAGAAGAAGAAGAAUGGAGACUGAACCGCCUGUGAGACGUAAGAAGAGGUGAGAGAUGAGACGUAGAUGCUCACCUCAAACUGAAAGGAAGAAAGGCUAAAAUCGCAACGCAAUACAACCCUUAACCGUGAGCCACACAAAUCAGAAAAGAAAAGAAAACAGCUGUUGGAAGCACUUGACCUUCUGAGCAGAUGUAAACCUUCACUGACAGAUAAGCAUCUGGGGGUUCGGGAAGGCUCAUUGAUAACGGGUCACUGGCGGGUAACCUGAGGUCUUCAAGCAUCAGUCCUGUGCACGGAAGAAAGUGUUAGUACUGGGAAUGUGAGAGAUGGGAUCGGAAUCUUUAGAGCUUUCACUUUGGGUUUCCUAGUGCUUAUAGGGCUGUCACUGACACACAUGCAUAUAUAAACACACAAUCUGUCACAUGUAUACAUACACGCAUGAACUCGGACUCUCUCCAUGUGUGGCUCGGUUGAGUCAUUCUCUCUUUGAGUCUUAUCGCUCUCUGUUACAGAUAAGCACAUAUUUCAGCUGUUUAACUCUACAUUUUCAUUUAGUGGUUGGAAUUGCAUUUUUUGGCAGAGCUUACUGACAGUUGUUGCAAUUGAAAUAAAUCUUUGCAUUUGAAAAUCA